GUUGUUCUCAGUCAUGAUCAAUGAUGUUUACUCUCAGGUACAGUCGGACAUUGGGAGGUCGUUAUUUGCAGAUGAUGGGGCCUUAUGGAAGAGGGGAAGAAAUGUGCAAUACCUAGAAAGCAAUUGAUGAGGCAGAGCUACAGGCAUUAAUGUGGGGAUUCAGGUUCCCUGUAGAGAAAACUCAAGACAGUGUUCUUUACCAGGAGGAAGGUGGGAGAUGAGGUAUGCUUGAGGUUAUAUGUGAGAAACUUGGAGAGGGUAAGGGCCUUCAGGUUCCUUGGGGUAUACUUUGACACUAGACUGACCUGGGCAGAACACAUUGAGAGGGUGGUGGGAAAGUGUAAGAAGGUGCUAAAUGUGAUGCGCUGUCUGACGGGGCAGGAGUAGACUAUGGCAGUAUAGCUUAUGGUUUAGCAACCCGGACAUCAUUGGAAAGGCUAGGUGUCAUACAGGGGCAAGGACUCAGAAUAUGUAGUGGGGCAUUUCGGACGUCCCCAGUGUCUGCACUACAGGUGGAGAUGGGGGAAAUGUCAUUGCAGAUUAGGAGACAGCAGCUGGCAAUUCAUUGUUGGAUCAACCUACAGGGACAUGGGGUUUCUCAUCCUGCAAAAGGGAUUUUACAGGUAUGCUGGGAACAUGAGCGAAGACAGAACACAUGCUUUGGGUGGGUGGGUAAUAUCCAGGCGAAGGAAAUGGGAUUGUAUAGAAGGGAGUUUAGUCCAACAGUAGUUAUUCCUGUGAAUCCAUCAUGGCUACUGCCAACUCCAGUAGUUGAUCUAGAAGUGUUGGAGAGACCAAAGAAAGAUAGGGAGGGUGUUGAUCCAUCUGAUUUGUUUAAGAGAUGUCUGGAUACUGUGUAUCAGGAUUUUGUGGCCAUUUACACAGAUGGUUCAAAAUAUCCAAGGACAGGAUGUGCUGGGUCAGUAUUUGUAGUUCAGGAAUGUGGGGUGGAAGUCAGAAAACAUAUUACAGAUCAUCUGGCUGUAUAUACGGCGGAGCUGAUGGCCAUACUGUUGGGCCUUGCAGUGGGUGGAGGAAGUCAAGCCAGCCAGAGUGGUUAAUUGCUCUGAUUCAUGUGCAGUGUUGUUGAGUCUCCAGUCAUUUAGAUCAACUAGCAGACAAGAUCCGCUUGAUGAGGUGCUACAAACCCAUGGAAAUAUUAGACAGAUGGGUAUACAGAUAAGAUUUACUUGGGUCACAGCCCAUGUGGGGGUGGAGGGGAACGAGGCAGUUGAUGUACUGGCUAAACAAGCACACAGUAUCAGAGGGAGAGAGAGGCUGAGAUUUAGUAUGAGGGAGAAGUGGAUACAGGAAAUUCGUUUAAAGAGUAUAUUGAGUAGAACGUCAUUAGAUAUAGUCUCAAAAAUAUCUAUAUAUUUUUAAGAACAGAAAACCAGUCUCUGGCCCACACUCCACUACAGUAAGCGGCGGUAAUGCACCAUAACGUUGGAUGCCAACCGCCGAUAACCCCACCGAAGAACAAGAACAAGGAAGAGGUGUUUCAAUUGGCAAAGAGAUAGGGAACGUGGCCUUAGCAAAAGAGAACGUUCUUAAAUGAGAAACGACCAGUCUUCAUAGAUCGAAAACAGUAUACACGUCUCCUUUGGGUUGGACAACUUGCAAACAUGGCGGAUGUUGAUCAAGGAUCGGUCUUACCCAGCGAAUCUUCACCUCUCAUUCUGGAUGGCCUGAAUUCUACCGACUCAAAUGGUACCGACGCUGUCAACGCGACUGUGGCCAAGUUUGUGGCGACACCGGAGGGAACGGCACUGGCAUAUGGCAGCCUUGUUUUUAUGGCUCUGUUGCCCAUCUUCUUCGGUGCACUGCGGUCAGUCAACUGUGGCAAAAGCAAGGUUGCUGGAGAAAAUGGUUGCGAUUAUGAGUACAGAAACUCCUCAGACAUGCCAGAGACCAUCACAGGCAGAGAUGCUGCACGGUUCCCCAUAAUCGCCAGCUGCACCCUCUUUGGCCUCUACCUCUUCUUCAAAAUUUUCUCACAAGAGUACAUCAACUUGCUGCUGUCAAUGUAUUUCUUUGUCCUGGGGAUUUUGGCACUGUCUCAUACAAUGAGUCCCUUCAUGAACAGGAUCUUCCCUGCUAACAUUCCCAUCAAGCAGUACCAGCUGCUCUUCACUCAGGGCUCAGGAGAGACCAAAGAAGAAAUUGUCAACUAUGAGUUUGACACCAAGGACAUGAUCUGCCUGGUCAUCAGCACUGUGGUUGGGGUCUGGUACAUCCUCAAGAAGCACUGGAUUGCCAACAACCUCUUUGGCCUGGCGUUCGCCCUGAAUGGGGUGGAACUUCUGCACCUAAACAAUGUCAGUACUGGCUGCAUCCUGCUGGGGGGGCUGUUUGUCUAUGAUGUCUUCUGGGUGUUUGGCACCAAUGUCAUGGUUACCGUGGCCAAGUCGUUCGAGGCACCCAUUAAGUUGGUGUUUCCCCAGGACCUGUUCGAGAAGGGUCUAGGUGCCAAUCAAUUUGCCAUGCUGGGUCUUGGAGAUAUUGUCAUUCCAGGUAUCUUCAUUGCUUUACUCCUCCGCUUUGAUGUCAGUCUGAAGAAGAACACCAGGACCUACUUCUACACCAGCUUCCUGGCCUACAUCUUUGGCCUGGGUAUGACCAUCUGGGUCAUGCACACCUUUAAACAUGCCCAGCCUGCCUUGCUGUACCUGGUCCCAGCCUGUAUUGGAUUCCCGGUGGUUGUAGCUCUGUUGAAAGGAGAACUGACUGAGAUGUUCAGCUAUGAGUCCUCAGAGGAGGUGUUGCCACACACACCCCGGCUCACACACUACCCCACCGUGUCAGGCUCUCCCGCCAGCCUGGCUAACUCAAUGCAGAGCUCCUCCUCGCCACGCCGGCGACGCAACAACCCACCUAUGUAGUGACCAGAUCACCUCUCACCCGGGCAGGUACGAGGAAGUCUCUCCGGAAGAUGCUGCAGCGAAGGAAGAGACCACAGAGGCUGAGAAAAAAGAUAAAUGAGGACAAAGUUUCCACAAGCUCGUCCAUCACUGGCUGCCACCACAUUUCACAUCAGCCCACCUCUCUACAUGUUUCCCAUGUGCCGUGCUGUACUUGGAAAUGGCUCAUUUAUUACGUAACUGUUUUGACAUUGGGAUAUUUUGAAGUUCAAAAGUGGUUUAUUACACACAUUGUACAACAGUUUAUCCAGUGUCUGUUUCUUCUAUAUUUUUUUGUUUUAUUUGAAAGGCCAGAAUUUUUAAAUGGAAUAAGUGUUGUUGUUUAGGGGAGGGGAGGGGAGAGGGAGGGGUUCUGCGAUAUCACAGGAAGCUGAAUUUUUUUUAAAUAUUUUUUUAUUUUGUCCAAACAUUUUUCUCUCCCAGCCUGAUUUAUUUGCAAUGAUUGUCUAGUUUGAUCUCUGUACCAAGUCUGUUCUUGGUUUAUGCCUUUGUCAUAGAGAAUGUGAAGUAUAAUAGGAUGGUGUUAGGGACGCGGGAGAUGAGUUUACCAUUGUGUCAUACACGCUUUACAUGGACGUUAACCUUUGACAUGGAACUCGACCGUUGCUAUCUAUAUGAAUGGCACCUGGCUUCUCUGGUCUGGAAGUAUUUGGCUUCAACAAAGACAUCUAACUAUGUACUACUGUACUAGUCUCAAUGUAUAAUUGUGCCAAUUUAGUCAUGUGUGUAAUUACAUGGUACCUGACAUAUUAGUCAGUAUAGUGGUAAUAAUAGCUCAGAGUUCAGAUCAUAGCAUUAAGAAGUAACUGAACUUGGGAAAUCGAUCAUGUUUUGAUAUUUUUAUGCACAUUUGCUAUGACACUACUAUUUACUUGAGUCAUACUCUGUCAUAUCAAAUCAGAGAAGUCUGUUAUAUGGAAACUAUAUUUGGUAUUGUAGUUAGAGGUCCCAUGCAGUGACUGAAAUGUACCUGCAGGUGGAGACAGUGUCAAAAGAACCAUGUCUCGUCAGAGAGGAGACCAAAGGACCAAAUCAUUCCUCCUCUUGCUUUAGGUUCUAACUGCUUUAAUAAGGUAUGUUCUUUCUGGCCUUUUGCAGUUUGGCACCGUGUGUUUCAGCUUCAGAAAGACAAGGGAGAAGCUUUUUCUUUUUAGGCCUUUAAGAUUGAGCAGUUUUGGUAAAGAUCAUGUCCACAUCCUACCUGGUGAAGUUAUCAUUUUAAGAAAUGUACUUUUUCUCUUCUUUUUUUCCCUCCUAUUGUACUUGUGCAAGUCAAAGUUUAUGAGCCUGUGUUCAGGAGCCGAUAUCUAUUUUGUUUGCAAUAAAUGUGGGCGUAUAUCACCGUAGAGAACCAUAA